AUGGAGCCAUACACCGUUGCCAGCGCGCCGCCCACAGCCAGCGAGGCUGCAGCGCUUUCACUAACAGAAAAGUUGGCUGCUGUGCUUAGUGAUGACCGUGGGCGAUAUCUCUCGAUGGAAGAAAACUUCUACGACCUGGCACAACAGCUUAACCAGUAUGAAUCUGCAAUGGCCCUGCUGGCUGGAGGCUCCGCGAAACCGGUUCCGGAAGAGGAGGUCGAAGCUAGAAUUAACGAUCGUAUCGAGAGUGGCCGCUGGCGGAUCCCGUAUCCAAGGACCCACCGUAUCACCAUGGCUCUGCUCAAUGAUUUCAUGGAGACUCGGAGAGGCCUUUCGCUGCCGUGGUGGGCUCACGGAAUGCCCUCAGCCAAACGCUGGAAAAAGGGUGCUCCCUUUGGAGUUGACAAGAUGGGAUGGCCUACAUGCAAGCGUCAGAACCUGAAGGGCUUCGCUGCGGGCCGAACGCUGCCGGAGGUGCUUGACGACAUUGAAGUCCAAAUGCAAGUCUUGUUGGAAAGCGUUCUCGUGGGGGAAUUUGGCGUCUGUGGUCCGCACUUUCUCAAGGAGAGUCAGGGUCGCGGCUUCGACUGCGUAGACAGUCAGAACCAGGACCUCAUAUUUCCUCAGUUCUUCGUGUCCACAACCGAGGCCCGCGGUGUCAGGUCCGUGCACCGGGAGAUACUCGAGCGCGACUGUCCGCAGAACUGUGGACCUGGCGGAGAUCCGAUGUCGAGGGAGCGCGUAUGGGAAGCGCUGUCUCAAGACAUGCUGGCGGACGAGCCCGCGUCUCACCUCCUGGCUUACUCGCCACUCCUUCCCGCCUCAACGGAGACCACGCUGUCGCGGCAUCUGUUUUCAGUCGUGCCAGACUGGGCCCAAUUUAGAAAUGGCAGUGCAGACCAAAACGAUGUCGACGCGGCCAUGUCCGUGGCACAGGAAUUCACUGUUCUUCUGAAUGCGUUUUACUCCGAGAUGUUUGUCGCCGGACAAGCAACUGGUGCGACAGAGAAAUUCCACGCCCGGAGCAUUCUUGCUCUUUUCGACGAAUUCGAAAUGACUUUCUGCACGUGGGCAAAGACGCAGGACCUUCCCGCCGCUGAAAGGACCGCUUUUGCAGACUGGAUUUCGCUGAAAAAUGUGAACGGCAAACCCCCAGUCUUCCAUGUCCACGCGGGCAUGACUGUCCGCGCAAUGGAUUUCCUCAACAGCGUCGCGGGCGCUCCGUGGUUGCCGUCGAAACAGUGGUCCCGAGUUGAGCGGCAGCUGGCUGUCCACCCGCUCUCUGACGCGUCCGCCUACCGCGCGGGCACUGCCCAGCUCGCGCGAGUGUCGGCUAAGUUUGUUCAAGCCUUCAUCAGCACUCUGCCGACCGCCCUGCGCGCGACCAUGUUGGCCCUGCUGGGGCGAUGGACCGCCGAGUGGGCGAAGGAACGCGUGACAAGUGCCGAGCAGGAGUUCCUCAAGGGAAAGAAGCAGCUGGAGUCCUAUCCGAACUACUUCGACUUCAAUGAAGAAUCGGGCAGGGCACCCAAGCUGCUGUUCCUCAUGACGUUGCUCGGCGGUCUGAGCCCUGCCGAAGUCGCGGCUCAGAGUGUCCUCGACUUUUUCAAGUCCGGCGCUGGUGCCGACCUCAGCGCGAUAUACUCUCGCUUCACAAAUUCCAGGAAAAAGGGCAUCCGCAAUCUGCAGAUGGGUCGGAUCGUUUAUAUCGGCUCAUGCGACAGAACUGGCCCCAAAUCAUGGUCAGCCUUCGCAGACGAGCGUGGCGUUGCCACCGGGACGAUCCCCCUUUCGCGUUCGUCGUUGAGCAGCGCAUUUGAGUUGGUCGCCGCCGCAAGCUGGAAUGCCCUGGCACCUCUGGCAGCUGCCUCGAGUUUGCUCGACAAAGUCAAAGAGCUGCUUGCCGAGCUGCAGGAGUCCGAAGCAGCAGCUUCACCGCUUGCCCUCUUGGAGUCGGCCUUGGCUGACAGCAAAUUCGGGCACGAUUACCACUGCACCGUUGCCAAGCGCGAAUUGGCACGCUACCUCAGCGCAUCCCGGGGGCGGACAGAAGCGGAAUUGGAUUCGCGCAUCCAGGAAGUGCUGGUGGAGGUUGCCUUCGAAGAACCCAUGUUCAUAAAACAAGUGACUCAGCGUACCGACUCGGGACAGCCGGCGCAGGCCGCGGCCGACUCCGGGCUAAGACGCCGGCUUCACCUUUCUUGCAGUUUUGGGACGGACCCUGAAGAACGCGCAGCAUUCGUCAGCGCUAUUGUCGCCCGUCGACGACGUAGUCGCAUAAUGCAUGGAAUCCGAGGCUUUUUCCGCCGCAUUCGUCGUGGAGUCAGAGGCCUCCUUCGGCGUCGCGUGCAGCCAGCACCUGCAGAUGCUGCCGGUGUCUGCGAACCAGUGCGUCAGUCGAAUAUGCACCUCGUCGCCGCCUCCGUCCGACGCGCAGCAGAGCUGUCCGCGUGGAACACCGCCGCCCUUAGUCGCUUGCAUUUGCCACGUAGUUAUGCUCAGUAUCUGUAUUCGCUGUUGCAAAACCUACCAUCUCUGGCGAAGCCGGUCGACCUUCCUGCACUGGCGGGAGUCUCUGGAAGUGAUAUCAUCAUCGCAACAGACAUCGACGACACGAUGAUUUCCUCGGGAGGGUGGCUGCUACGGAAGCUUUCCGCCUACAUGGGCGGCUCAGAUACAGCCUACGCGAGAGGCAUAGGAUACCCUGGCGUUGGAGCCCUGUACUACUUGCUCACUCUCGGAUUUGGGAAGAAGCUCAAGAUAGAAUCUUCGAAGCCUGUGCAGGGGACAGACGGUCAAGGCGCAGUUGCAGCCCCGUCGCUCAUUGAGCGUUCAAGCGGCGAUGUGCUUCCUCUGGUUUUGCUGACUGCACGUUUGUCGAUGAGGCUCUUGAGGCCGUUUUUCCGGCCCAAGCAACUCUAUCGCCGACUCUCCCACAUCUACAAUUAUGAGAGUGCUCUGCUGACGAGGCGCCUCGACAUUCGUGGCGACCGCCUUGUGAUGGAAAAUGCACAGCCACUCACUAGUGCAGUACGAGGAAAAUCCCAGCGUGGACUGAAUAAAGUGAAGGGCAUUGAGACGUACAUCCGACAGGCAGCAGAGGGCACGGCGGACCGUUCUCUGCCGCUCACACCUGCGACAAAAUUCCUCUUCGCCGGCGACACGUUCGAAAGGGACCUCGAGGUGUGCGUCUCCCUGGGAAUGCGCCAACCUAGGGCACUGCUGGGUUGCCUCAUGCAUAUUGCCUUCAACUCGGCAGAAGACCAGGCAGCAGCUCAGGGCUCCGUUCCUUCGACGCUCGGUGGCCGGGGCUUUGACCGUGAUGCAAAGCUCCCUCACGGCGUCUUCCUUUUCGACCUCGCCAGAAACGAAGCGGUCAAAACUGGUGCCUCCACGAGCGGUGCGAAUCCAUUCUCUGGAGCCCUCGGUGCGUCGAUUCGCUACGCUCUCCGUCUUCCGCAAGACGCACUGCCUUCCUGGGGAGAUGUUCGAUGCGAGCAUGCACAACUGAAGCACACAUGGGUCGCGGCCCAGCAGGUUUCCGCUCGUGUCAAGCGAGUGCUCGGUGUUCUUCGGUUCUCCUGGAAGCGAGACGGCCUCGCGGACCUCCUCGGCAUCGAAUCGACCCCUCCCCUCGUUUUUCUGAAGUGCUCUCACAUUGAGAUGGCGAAACCAGGCGAGCGCCCGGGCGUCCGCUUCCUUCAGCCGACUGAGGAGACGCCAUCCGUCCCAUCCGUGCUCAACGAGAACGGCCAAGUUGUUCCUGAGGCGCUCGGCCUCCCAGUCGUUAUGCACAGGACUGUCCUGGGCGCCGCCACCCUGGCACGCUACCUGAACCUCCUCGACGCGGAGGCCGCCGCCGGCCUCACUGUCACGACUGUUCGCCAACAACGCAGCCUCGGCCCCCCAGUCGCUUCGCUCAGGGCAGAACAAUGGAAAGAGUUAAUGGCAGAUAUGCGGAUGCAGCAUCUCUUAUUCGAGGACGUGCCGCCUGCCGCGUAUCUCGCCACGUACUCCUUCGCAAAAAGCUCCACGCUGUCCCCAGCGGCUGGUGCACGGCUGCGACACUUGACAUGCAGAUCGCAACGCGAGGACUCUUUCCUCAUCUUCAAUGACGUGAUUCGGUCCAAAUUUCCAGUAGCAGAAUCCUAUGAGGCGGCUCUUGUAACAGCAUGGGAAGCUUGGACUCGGAUCGCCCAUCUUCAUUGUACCUACGAGGCACAGUUCUCUCAUCUAUGCACUGCCGCGCAGCCGGAGCUCGAGUUCCUUGCUCACGCAGUGGCACAGGUCCCUUUGUUCGCUGAGCCCGGUGAGGACGGCUCGAGCACAGAAACAUGCCAGCUCCUGAGCGACAACGGGGAAACGUCGCGGACAGCUUUCGAGCCAAUUCUUUUCGGUUUUCUGGCACGUUUAUGUCUCUCCAGUGUCGACGCAUGCGUCCCGUUCCUUGGGCAUCUGCGCGACAUGGCAAAACUUGCAAAGUGGAGAGCAGAGCUCGGUCCAAGUCCUGCCUCAGGAAUGUUGCUCGAAAACUUCAACCUCCCCGUGUACACCCAAAUGGAUGCAAACGGAGACAUUGGCGCCACUCGCGGUCUCUCGGCAAGCGUGAGGACCCUGGUUGUGCUAGGGCCAGCGGAAAAGCAGUCGAAGUGGCCGCGCCUGUACCCGACUGCUUCAUGGAGCGAAACAGCGCGCGUGUGGAAGCAGCUGGACCGUUGCCUUCUGACUCCUCUCGAGCGGUUGGCCGCCAGUGUACGAGAAGCAUUGACUUCCGAUGAUGCCCGUCGCAGGGAUAUUCGUACAGCGGUGCAAAUGGUGGCUCUCGAUUACGAAGGAUCACCUAUCAUCGAUUUGUACACACUCCUGCAGGUCAUUAUCGCGGGAGGUUUCCAGCCCGCUCUCGGAGACGAGUCACGGAACAGUAGAUCAGUGACGGGUGACGGCUAUUAUCACGGAAUCGCUUUCGAAGUUCCAGGCAUGGUCUCCGACAAUGUUACUUCCGAGAAAGAACGCGUCAGUAGGCUCCGUGAGGAACGCGAGAACAGACACCGGACGGCCGUUCUACCCCAGCGAUCCACAUCCCCUGCGUAG